AUGACGCUGCAACUUUCAGCCAAAAUCAAAAAUGUCUUGAGCGGUGACACCGUCGUGUUGGUGCCCGUCAAAAGCACCCAGGUCCCCGUGCCAGAGCGCAUACUCACGCUCCAGUAUGUGCGGGCAGAUUCUUUCCAGGCGAAGGAGUACUUGCGCCAGUUAGCCUGCGGUAAAACCGUUCGGUUUUCGGUGUUGUUCAAAAUCCCCGCUACCGGCAAGGAAUUUGGCGAUGUGCACGCGCCCGUUUUCGAGUCGCUAAUCGACCAUAUGGUGGAGCGCGGUUGGGCCAAGUUGAAGGACAACGUACGCGCCGACUCGGACGCCGACGAGGCCCAUGUGGCACGCUUGCGCGUGCUUCAAGAAAAUGCGCAGAAGAAGCAAUCCGGCGUGUGGGCGCCAGGCUUUUGUGAGCCAGCCGUGGUGCCGUUGACACCCGCCAUCAUUGCCAGGUCCACGAAAAACCCUUUGUCUGCCAUUGUCGAACGCGUGGUCAGCGGCGACCGUAUCUUGGCGCGUGUGCUUGUCAACAAAGACCAACAUGUGCAGCAACCGCUCCUUGUGGCCGGAUACCGCUCGCCACGCACGGACGAUGCGGACCCGCAACAGGCCAAACUCGGCCAGCAGGCCAAGGCAUUUCUUGAGGAAGCUCUCGUGGCAUCACGUGCCACCAUCCGCGUCUCUUUUGUCGGCGAGAAUCAGACCGGCGUUCCGCUUGUUGUGAUCCAUCACCCUGCGGGCGCCAGCGUGCACGAGAAGAUCUUAGAGAAUGGCUUGGGCGAGGUCGUGGACUGGCAGCUGUCACUCCUUGGUGCAACCACAAUGGCUGGGCUCCGCAAGCUGGAGCAGACUGCGCGGGCCUUGGGCAGGGGCAUAUAUGCCGCGGCCGCGGGCGUGAAACCGGCGGUCUCGGGCACCAAGAUCGGCGCCGCAUCUGCCAAGAAUUUGGGCCCGGGCUCGACUGUCGACAACGUGACCAUUGCCAAGGUCAUAAACGCCGACACACUCGCUGUGCGCUUGCCUGCGGGCGACGAGCUCACCGUGCAAUUGGCAUCCUUGCGCGCGCCCCGGCCCAACGACACCACAGUCACGAAAAACGCCCAGCAGCAACAGGCCCUCGUUCAAAUGGCCCGCGAGUUUGUGCGUACUCAUGCCAUCGGCAAGACCGCGGUCAUGCGGGUGGAUGGGCUCCGCGAGGCCAACAAGGAUUUGGGCUUGGAUGCGCGGCUCUUGGUAUCGCUCCUGAUCUCCGGCAAAGACCUCUCCGAAACGCUCGUGUCGAGCGGAUAUGCCACCGUCGUCAAGCACAACAAGCAAACAGCGCAUGAGCGCUCGCUGAACUGGGACCGCUUGGUGGAGUUGGAGGAGAAGCAGAAGAGUGAGGGUAAGCGUGGUGUGUUUUACACGGGCGACUUGGCCAAGAUCUUGACUAUUGACACGCGUGUGGUAAACGCUUCCGAGAACCUUGCCAAGGCGCGCACCUUCUUCAACGGAUUUAACAAAAAGGGCCGCGUGUCGGGAUUCUAUGUUGAGUACGUGUCUUCCGCCACUAGGGUGAAGCUCUACAACCCUAGAGAGGGCACUAAGUUGACCUUACUCUUGGGCGGGCUUGCCAACGAUAGAUCUGCUGACGCCGGCUCGGCCGCGCUCGCGUACAUGAACCGCAAGUAUUUGCAGAGGAAUGUCGAAUUUGAGGUCUAUGACACGGACAAAGUGGGCGGCUUCGUUGGCAACUUGUAUUCCAGCGCCAAAGCCUUGAAGCCUGCACAAGUAGAGUUGCUUUCUGCUGGCCUCGCUUCAGUCCACGGCCUUGCUGUGUCUUCCAACCCCUUCGAGACUGAACUUGUUGCCGCCGAAAACUCCGCGAAGGCAGCCCACAAAGGCAUCUGGGAGAAUUAUGACGAGGCACAGGUGCAGAAGGAUGCCGAGCUUGCGCGCUCUAAGAUGGCCUUGCUCGGCUUAGAGGCUGCUACGCCCAAGUUCUUCGAUAUUGAGAUCGUCGACGUCGGCCGGACCCAGGUGCUCUCGUUCCACUUCAUCGACGCCAAGACGAGCGCUGAGUUUGCGCAGUUCAAGAAAAGUUUCAACGAUUUUCACGCACAGAAUGUUAGUGCAAGCACCACUUCUGUUGACUUGCCAAGUUCUUUGAGCAAGGGCCCCAAGAAAAACGACAUCGUUUCUGCAAAGUUCUCUGAAAACGGCAAGUACUAUCGUGCCCGUGUCAUCAACUACGAUCGGGGUAGCAACAAGUACGACGUUAAGCACGUCGAUUUCGGUAACGUGGACCAAGUACCUUUGUCGUCGUUAAGGGGCUUGCCCAAGAAGUUUGCCUUGGACGUCAUCAAGCCUUUCGCUCACACGUGCAAGUUGCAAAACAUCGACUUGCCUCCAAAUAAGCCUAAGGAUUAUUUGACUGACGCUUUGUAUGUCUUGGAGGACUUGACAUUCGACAAAAAGUUGGUGCUCAGCGGUCUUCCUUCAUCCACCGAGGGCGUGGAAUAUGACGCCGUCUUGUAUGACUCCGAGCAAUCUUUGACUAAUCCUGACUACACUAUCAAUAAGCAACUUGUUUUGGAGGGUUAUGGCAUGGUUGAGGUCAAGUGCGCCCCACACUUGAAAGCCUAUGUUGACGAAUUGGUUGUGGCAGAGAGGAAGGCAAAGAGCGAUAGAGUGGGUUGCUGGGAGCUUGGUGACAUAAGAGCCGAGGAAGACUUCUGA